AUGCCCCUCAUCAAGCUCUACUUCACUCCUGCACUGCUGCUCCUAGUGCUCACUUGUCCUUUAUGGCAGAUCAGCCAAUCUGUGCCACUGAUGGGAAUGCAAGACUCCUGUGUAUUAUACGCAAGAACACUGCUCCAGAACAUCACGGAUGUACUCAACCAGAAAACCCUGUUUAGUGGAAUUGACUGCACGAAGCAGAACAUGGAGCUGUACAAAAAAACCAGCACACCAUCAGCGUGUGCACCACAGGGAUCAGCAUGCUCAGAAAUCACUACAUCAGGAUUUGAUCAGAGCUCAUGUUUGAAAAACAUUCGGGAGGAUCUGAGGUACUAUGACGAAUUUCUCGCAGCGCAGCCUGUUGGUACUCUUCUGUUCAGUCUCAGGGAACUCAUGAAGAACUGCUUCGGAAUAUUUCCGGCAUCAGAUUCGACCUUAAGGGAGGCUGCUGCAAACAUCGGAACCUCCUUCGACCAAAGACUUCACCUCUGCAAAGUGCUGAAGGGCUUCCAGGUCCGUGCCAUCACAAUAAACCGAGUGAUUGCGUACAUGACCUCUGAUGAAUACACUAAAUGA